CCUCCUGCAUCACUGCUGCUCUGUAUUACACGGAAAUGCUCACUGUUGUCUGUAGGAUACAGGCCUAUUGAUUUCAGUCUGCCUAUUACUCCUGCUAUCCCCCCCCCCCCCCCCUCUUCCUCCCCUCCUCUCCUCUCCCAUCGCACUCACGCUUCCCACCUCCCCUCCUUCUCUCUCUCCGUCUCUUCCUUGGACUGCAGCAGAGAAAACCGCUGCAUCGCACACAAGACAAGAAAGAAGAAAUCUCCGGCGCGAUGCCUUUCCUCCCUGUUGCUGUUUAAAGAGAGGCAGAGAGGAGACUCACCGGAGGCUGGGCAUGAUGCACCCAUGGUUCCUCUCAGUACGCUGCUGAUGGUCUCUUCUGCUGAGCUCUGACAGGACUGAGGAUCUGUCCAAUUUGAGAUCAACCGUCUCCAUUUCAGCAAAGUCUGGCCACUCCCGUCCAAUGGAACUACAGGUCAUUACUUAAUCAUUACUUUCCUGGCAGCGGAGUGACUUUUCAGCACCAAUAAACCGUCUUAAGUCUUGAUUUUACUGGGAAUAGAAGACCAUAAAGAAAGAACAUUGGGUAGGGUUGUCGGAGUAAAAGCUCAAGAGGGUUGAGUUAAAAGACUUUUAGUGCCUGAUCUCUUUGUGCCAAGAUGGAUGAAACACAAAACAACAGGACUUCCUUGGCUAAAGGUGCCAAGGACAUCGCUAAAGAAGCCAAGAGACAUGCCUCCAAAAACUUAAGCAAAGCUGUCGAUCGCGCCUCGGACGAAUACUCGACUCACCGCAGCUACAACCGCUUCCAGAACGAGGACGAAGACGAGAACAACUACAAUUCUUACAAUCAGCGAGACGGUCACUACGCCGACAACGCCGCCAACGACGAGGACGGGGCCUCCAGCGACGCCACGGAGGGCCACGACGACGAAGACGAGAUCUACGAGGGGGAGUACCAAGGCGUGCCGGCCUACAGCGACGGGAAGGCGCAGGUGGCUCUGGGCCAGCCGGUUUCCGACAGCCUGAAGAGCCACAAGGAGCUGGAGAACGAGAGGCAGUCGGACGAGGAGGAGCUCGCCCAGCAGUACGAGCUGAUCAUGCAGGAGUGCGGACACGGCAGGUUCCAGUGGCAGCUGUUCUUCGUGCUCGGCUUGGCGCUCAUGACGGACGGCGUGGAGGUGUUCGUGGUGGGCUUCGUCCUGCCCAGCGCCGAGACGGAUAUGUGCGUCCCCAACUCUGGAGCUGGAUGGCUCGGCAGCAUCGUGUAUCUGGGGAUGAUGUUCGGGGCCUUUUUUUGGGGCGGCCUGUCGGACAGGGUGGGCCGUAAACAGUGCCUGCUGAUCUCCAUGUCCGUCAACGGCUUCUUCUCCUUCCUCUCCUCCUUCGUCCAAGGCUACAGCAUGUUCCUCUUGUGCCGCAUGGUGUCUGGCUUUGGGAUCGGUGGAGCCGUACCGAUCGUGUUCUCGUACUUUGCGGAGGUUUUGGCUCGGGAGAAGAGAGGAGAGCAUCUGAGCUGGCUCUGCAUGUUCUGGAUGAUCGGAGGAAUCUACGCCUCGGCCAUGGCCUGGGCCAUUAUACCGCACUACGGCUGGAGUUUCAGCAUGGGCUCGGCCUACCAGUUCCACAGCUGGAGAGUGUUUGUGGUGGUGUGUGCGCUGCCGUGUGUGUCUGCUGUGGUCGCUCUCACUUUUAUGCCUGAGAGCCCCCGCUUCUACCUGGAGACGGGUAAACAUGACGAGGCCUGGAUGGUGCUCAAACAGAUCCAUGACACCAACAUGCGAGCUCGCGGAGAGCCGGAGAGAGUCUUCACUGUGAACAGGAUCAAAAUCCCCAAACAGCUGGACGAGCUGGUGGAGAUGCAGAAUGAGUCAGCCAACCCGGUUCUCAAGGUCCUCUUCAAGAUCAAGGCUGAGCUCAGAGGAAUCUGGUCAACUUUUAUGAAAUGCUUCGACUACCCGGUGAAAGACAACACUAUAAAACUGGCUAUCGUCUGGUUCACUCUGUCCUUUGGGUUUUACGGACUCUCCGUCUGGUUCCCGGACGUCAUCAAGCACCUCCAGGCCGACGAGUACGCGUCCAGAGUGAAGAUCCACAACAACGAACGCAUCGAAGACUUCACCUUCAACUUCACCCUGGAGAACCAGAUCCACAGAAACGGGGCCUUUGUAAACGACAGGUUCAUAAGUAUGAAGUUCAAGGCGGUAAAAUUCAUCGACUCGUCUUUCAUUAACUGCUACUUUGAGGACGUCUCCUCCGUUGGAUCCUCCUUCACAAACUGCACCAUCGUAGACUCCUUCUUUUACAACACAGACAUCGAUGACUCCAAAUUAACUAAUUCAAGGAUAAUCAACAGCUCCUUCCAUCACAACAAGACGGGCUGUCAGAUGACGUUUGACGAUGAUUACAGUGCGUACUGGGUCUACUUUGUCAAUUUCCUCGGGACAUUGGCUGUACUGCCUGGGAACAUCGUCUCUGCACUCCUCAUGGACAAAAUCGGACGCCUCAGCAUGUUAGGAGGCUCCAUGGUGCUGUCAGGCAUCAGUUGCUUCUUCCUCUGGUUCGGCACCAGCGAGUCCAUGAUGAUCUUCAUGCUCUGUCUCUAUAACGGCCUCAGCAUCUCUGCCUGGAACUCACUGGAUGUGGUCACUACUGAGCUCUACCCGACAGACAGGAGGGGUACAGGUUUUGGCUUCUGCAACGCGAUGUGUAAGCUGGCAGCGGUGAUGGGCAACCUGAUCUUUGGCUCACUGGUUGGCAUCACCAAGGCCAUCCCCAUCCUGCUGGCGUCGUCUGUGCUGGUCUGCGGCGGGCUGGUGGGCCUCCGGCUGCCAGACACACGAGCCAAUGUCCUCAUGUAGACCUCAACACAUCGCAGUAUGUUGUUUACCAGGUAUUCACUCAGCGUACUGAAGAACCAUUGUGGUCUAUAAUUUAACCGAAAACAUCGCUGAAACGAGCAUUGCAGUCGUCUUCUUGUAAUUAUGCUUUGAAAAAUAAGAUUGUUCAUACAUUCAUUACAGGACAAGUGUUCUGUUAUUUCUGAGUAGAAUACCUGAUAAAUAACUUUGUAUAAAUAAAUGCAGUUUAACUUCAAAUGAGCUGUAGAUAUAAAGAGUUAUUGGACUACAAUCAAAGGUUAGAAGUGUCAAUGUCUGAUGGCCACUGGCCUGAAUCAUCUGACAGGAAUAUCUUCCAAAAUAACCAGUCAGAUAUAGUUUCAAUAAACUCUGUAUAUCAGCAGCUUAUGCAACACUCAAAUGCACAUGUCACUGCUGCAAAAGGUUUGGACUUCCAACAACCGUCCCAAUCCUAAUCCUGCUGAAUCAUGCUUAGAUUAAAGGAAUAUUCUCACAUUAAAGGAAAUGCACUGAGUUAAGAUACAACUAGCCACUGUUUAGUUUAGAUUAUAGAGUGGAAUCAGAGGGGAAACAGCUGGCUAAUCGCUAACUUGUUCAUUAAGUCCUUAACCAGAAACUGAAGAGUCCAACAGAUGAGAUUGGCCGAUGAUGGGCCCAUCACAAACAUUGGAACGUUUUCCACUUUGCACCAAUUGUAUUUUUUUUUCUCCGAAGAAUACAGUUCAGAUACUAGUUUAGAUGAUUCAGAAAUGAUGCCAAUACAGAGUGUCUCCAGCAGAGGGCCCUACUACCUGGUAUUCACUACAAUCCUCUCAGCACUGUCUGCAGCACAUAUCGCCAUAAAGCUAAGCAGACACUUAAAUCAUUUUAAUUCACGAUUAAGUUGUUUGUUUUGGAAAACAGCUUCUUGGUCACUUUUUGUAAUGCCAUAUCUGUGUAUAUUUAUAGUUAUAUUCAGAGAUAAGAUCACCAUGACAACCACCAUAUUGGUUUUUCAGCAAACGUAUCCCCUUUAAAAUCAACAUCCAUCUCAAAUACCCAAUAUCGUUGGGCUUUACUAACUUGCACCUAGCCAGGCCCUAGCUCAACUUGACGAAACUUAAGAGAAUUUAACUUAACUUAACUUAAGGAAAAGAUUACGGGCAGAUUUACCGCCUUCAAUUCUUACUAAUAUUUGAUACAAUUGGUCCUUUUUUUCAGAAAGGUACACAAAAUCAGGCUAGGAUGCUUAAGCUAACAAUAGCUCCAAAAGUCAGGCUCAGACGAAAUUAGUAUUAAACACAAUUAGUUUGAGUUUCAUGAAGGAUUUUACGGACUUUAUUAUCUCAAUGUGUUGCUUUCAUUCCCUUUUAUUAUGUAAAAAUCUAAAUAAACAAAACAUAUUUUGACAGGGCUAGCUAUGUGUCUCUUCUUCCAGUCUUUACGCUAAGCUAACUAGCUGCUAGCUGUGGCUACAAGAUUAUUUAAAAACAAACAAACAAGAGUGGUAUACCUACUCUUGUCUAACUUCUCUGUAAGAAAAUCAAUCAGUGGACAAUGUUCAACAACAUUUUGAACUAUUUCUUUAAGAACAAAUCAUUUGAUAACAGGAUUAUUUAUGUAUCUGUAUUUAUAUUAUAAGUAAAUUAUUUAAGUUAUUUAUUGCUGUAAGGAUAUGCUUUAUCGUUUGUAGACUUAAGAUCGUCCUCAGUUUCCGUACAUGUGAUCUAACGGUUGGUGAAGUUCAGACCUUUUGCAGCAAUUUCCAAGAAUGACAAGGCCAUAGGAAAAAAAAUCUAAACGAUGUAGUAGAGUAGUGAAAACCGGCAACUUCAGCAGCUACAUUUCUAAAGUGAAAAGAAGUUUACAUUUUCUGCUUUUACAGUAAGAGACUUUUGGGAAUUGGAAACCUUGUGUCUGAAUGCUUCCUAUCUUCCUCUCUUGUGUCUGUGUCGUGUUCGUCCCGUGGCGCCGAGCUCACCAUGAAGGGCUUCGCUUUUUCCUUUGCAAUCUGAUCUGUCGAGAAGAAUUUAUACUCCGCUGUUAUUAUCUGCUUUCCUCCAUGUUUUUUUUUUUUUUCCUCCUUUCUGUAUCGGUUUCUUUAUUGUGUCUGUCAUCCAGUCUCGUCCUCUUGCUCUGUUUUUUAUCUCCUCUUGCCUUGCUGCUGCUCCCUCCAAAACUCAAAGGCCUUUCUCAAAUGUCGUGCCUCUCUCUCUCUCUCUCUCUCUGUCAAGCCCGCCUCUUCUUCCAAAUCUUGCUGGAAGCUUUGCUGCCCUGUCCUGCUUUCUUUUUCUUAUCUCAUCUCUUGAAACUGCAGGGUGCGUGAACUUCUGUGUGUGUGUGUGUGUGUGUGUGUGUGUGUGAGUUUGAACAUGUGUGUCCAGACAAACCCUUAUUAGAUACAGUGAUCGUCGCUGAACGUUUUGUUGAAGUCUAUACCAAGGAACCUGGAGGAUUUGAAACCCGUGCUUAAGUGAAAUUAAAAGCCAUGCUUAAAGGACCAUUUCACCCAAAUCCCAAAAGAAAACAUGCCUACCAGCCAGGAUGACAGCAAAAGGGACCUUCAUGGGGAACCCAAAAAGGUCAAGGAACCAUCGAAUGUCCUCUGGGUGAAGGUGGGGGAUUUAGGAUUUAGGUGAAGUGAGCCUUUAAAACCUCUAAAUGAAUGCGACUCUUGCUGCUACGAUGUAAUUGUUUCGAUGUUUCAUGCAUAAGGGAAUUUGUAAAAUAAUCUCUGUAACUUGUUCUUUUCUGGAGAAAAUUCAAUCAUACAAAAAAAAAGAAACACACAAGUACAGUACUGUUCAUUUCAAUAAUUUAAAUUCUCCUAUUCUGGAAGAUGUAUUUGUGCAGUACACGACCUUCUACAUGCAGCUAUUCCUUCUACAGACUACUUUAUUAUUCUGACUAAAAGGGAACUGUUUCAAGAUAUGUCUCUGGUUUCUUGAUGUCACAUGCUUUAUUUCUGCUUCCAACACCUUCACCUGAGCUGAACAAAACUCUACUUCACUGUUUCCAAACAGAAAUCCUGCAUGUUUGUUACUGAAGUCCUUCUCUUGUGUGUGCUUUUUCCAUUUUGGUGUGUUCUCUGUUCCCCUCUGUGUGGGGGAGGGGGGGGGGGGGAACAGAAGUGAUUUCCGGGUCAAAAGUGAAUGUAUCAUUCUCGUGUGUCGUCAGAUUGGUUAUGGACAGAUUCAAGGUUGUUGUAAGAACGUGUGCUAGUGGUGAGAAGGCUGUGUGUACAUGGUGUUUAACAGCAGGGGGUGGUCAAAUCUGCAGCAGGAAGGGUUUUCCAGUUAUUAUAGUUAAUUCACUCUUAGGGGGGACUGAAGUUGCCAAAAGCUUCAGAUUUGAAAACCUCUGCUGUGUAAUCUCUGUGUGGAGGUGUGUGUAAAAAAAAAAAAAAAACAAUUACCUGUCCUUGAUAUGAUUUAUUUUUCAUAAGAAAGACUCAAGUGAAUGCAGUGUAUAGUUGGAUUCCUCUGGUGUCUCCAUAUUGAAUAAAAAGUUUCAUUUGAAAAGC